AUGUCUUCCUCGACAGCGGCCACGAUGGACUCCCGUCCGUCCUCUCCAGCAACACCAGAAUCCUCGGACGGCCUUCAUCCCGUCGCCAUCCACAACGACAGCGACUUAUCAUCCUGGUUCAAGUCCGUCUCCCCUCCGUCCAACGUUACAGACCUAGGCCUCUGGGACACCGAUCUAUCUUCUUUUGCUUUCUCCAAACGCUCCGACCACCAGAUGCUUCAACUCAACGACGUGAUAGAUGAGCACGCUUACGACGAUGUCGAUACCUCGGAGAGCUCUCCCUCCAAGUCUGGACUAUGUACUGAACUCCCAGAUGUGCAACUCGCCCGCAAUGGAGGAAACAGUGGCCCACACCCUCAUACACCGGCCGCCCACUCUCCGGAAACCGGUUUCUCGCUCCCGAGUCAGAUGCAGAUGCGUUGUACCCCUGUUGUUCCUCCCCCAGCCCUUCAGCCUCGGAAACAAGACCCAUCAACUGUGCCCCAUAAAGUUGUAUACCCCCCACGAGAGUCCUGCAAUAACCUCCCAAUUAUCACUCCAAGCAUCCCAGACUCAGGCACAAAGUCUCGUGUAGAGACUCAAGUACGCGUAACCGUCGACCUCGCGUACUCCAGUUCUUCGGCUUUGGAGCCUUACCAGUACGACCGGGUUGGAUCAUGGAAGUGGCUGAAGCUCCCUCCUGGCACUUCAACCAAGAAACGGACCAGAAGGGAAGGCAAGAUCGAUCCCACCCCCCUGGACAUGCUUCAUCUUACUGCGUCCGUAACUUGUGCAUCCCCCCCAAAUAGCCAGGUACUCAGCUGCGGAAGCUGCCGCAACAGAGAGGCUAAGCGAGUUGCCAAAAAGCUGGCCGCUCGUGUUCGUCCAGUCCGCUCUGACUCUGAUAGCCCUGGUGAUGGAAAUGAACGCGUCAAAGGCAGCCGAGAGGAUACAACAAGCAUCAUUCAGUUCAAUUGUCCGGAGGUACUUGACUUCGCAUCGGGCUCUGUGGUCCUCCCUGUUCGCAUCACCUGCUAUUGCAGACAUCAUCGUGAAAAGGUUGGGUUCCAUGUCCACAUCACCAUGAUGGACCAUACGGGGCGGGUGGUUGGUUCUGGCACCACGCCACCGAUCAUGAUCACAGAUGACCAUAAGUCCAACAUAAAACCCGCCCAAGAUUUCAACGAGUCCGAAGCUGGUUGGUCUCGUCGCGGGUCAGCGGCAGAGUUGGCAGAUGCUUCUGCGCCAUCCAAGCGGAAACCCAAGGAAGCGAACAUCAAGAGGCGGACCAAGCCCUAUGACACUACUGCUCGUAAUCAAUCAACGAAGAUGUCCCCCGAACCCAGUAUAGCGAGUAUAAACUCUCCUGUAACAUCCCCUUCAGUCACCUCGACCGCCCCCAAUACGAGGUCACCGACACCCUUCAUUGCCCCACCAUCAUUCACACCACUUUCUUUGCCCCAGUCGGAUGUCAAGCCGUUGAUCUCGGAUACCGGUUUGGACCAUGUACCUUCGCAAUAUGUGCAGUCCCCAGCCGCUGUCAUGCCGGACACCGCCGACAAUCGCAUGCUAGAAGUCACCCAAGGGGAGGACGCAAGCAUGGUUGACCAUGUUGGGCUUGAACUGCCACAGGGUCUACCGUCCGCUACCGUCGACAACAUGACCAUGUCGCAUGGGAUGCAAGCGCCCGUGGCACCGUCCCAAGCUAUGCCCUUCCUUUUUUACGACCCUAAUACCGCUCCCACUCUCCCGCUCCCCAAGAUCCAUCGUCUUAUCCCAUCGUGUGGUCCUACGCUAGGCGGAAUAGAGGUCACAAUUCUAGGCGAGAACUUCCACUCGAUCGUCCAGUUGAACUGUGUCUUCGGCGAUGUCACUGCGAGUUCCACUCAACGUUGGAGCGACAAUACUCUGGUCUGCAUCUUGCCUCCUCGUGCUACACCCGGUGUCGUCGCUGUGUCAUUCGAGAAUUUGCCAAAGCCCGUUUUACCCGCUCUGUUCACUUACACAGACGAGUCGGACCGAGCAUUGAUGGAGCUGGCUUUGCAAGUUGUUGGUCUCAAGAUGACAGGCAAGAUUGAGGAAGCCAAGAACGUUGCAUUGCGUAUCGUGGGGACGACUGGCGGCGAUGAUUCACAGAGCCGGCCCGAAUCCGGUUUGGACAUGAUGCAAAUUGCUUUGUCACCUUCGGCCCCUCGCGAUAUCCGACCUCUGCUGCUUGCUCGCUCUGGUGAAGGCGAAUGUUUUGAGACUGCUAUGCUGAAGUUUCUGUCUGUUAUGGAUGUGAAUCUCGACAAGCAGUCUGGUAUACCCAUGGACGAGGCCAUCUCACAUAUGACGCCGAACGGGCAAUCCCUGCUGCAUUUGGCUGCCGCUCUUGGCUUUUCUGCUUUACUCGAGUUCCUUCUGGCUCGCGGAAUCGAUAUUGACGCACGGGAUCGUAAUGGAUUUACUGCACUGCAUUUUGCCGCAUUUGCUGGUUCGCAAACUGGUGUGGAUAUACUACUUGAUGCUGGGGCCGAUGAGGAGAUCGUCAACGCAUUGGGUCAAACAGCGCAGGACAUCUCACCCGAAGGUUUCUGGAAGCGUGGGCACGGUUUCAGCGACAAUCUUCCAUCCCCUCCAGACUCUGAUGAGGACGAUGGUGAGUCUCGCUGGGGCGAUGUUGAGUCCGAUGUUGGCGAGGAAAUCGGCGUCCGAAGGCGCUUGCCGCGCACGCGACGUCGUGAACCGAAGGCGCAAGAGGCUUCAGUGCAACCCCAGGCCGAGAACGACCCGCCGCUGCCGUCGGACUCGCUGAAGAAGCCCGACGAUACCACUCCGAACGAGAAGCAAGCCGCUUCUUUUGUUGACAUGAUCCAGCGGACCCUCGCACAGUUACAAUCGCCGCAAGGUCUUAUGCCGAAUAUGUCUCAGCUACCCAUCCCUCAUCUUCCUGAGAUGCCUGCUGUCCCGUGGAAUCUACCUCAGCUUCCCAUGGUGUUCCCUGUUUUCAUCCCCAACCAAGGAUGGACCUCACUUUUCGGCGACAAACGCGAUGAGCAAGGGGCUGAGUCCAAAGAUGAUCAGACUGGGUCGCGGCAGGGUGCUCAGCUUAUAUCACAAGAGCUGCGGGCUACUUGGGAGAAGUGGAUGGCUUUGGCCAUUGCGACAGCGACGCUGCAGCGGCAGCAGCCUGUCGAUGAGGCCCCUCCCGUGUAUACACCCCGAGAAUCGGAACAGACUGAACAGAAACAGAUUGCUGGUGCUGAGCAGCCGGACGGUGAUGCUCAGGCUCUUGCCCACGCUGGCCCGAGUGUUGCAGAUAGGGCGAGCCGCCGCGCAGCAUAUGACGAAGUGGAAGUUGCGGCUCAGGAAGUCGCUUCCUUUGGCUACCGUCCAGCGAGCAAACACGGGCAGAAAAUGCAACAAAAACAUGAUCGCAUGCUUGUUUUGUUUUGGAUUCCUAUUCUUCUCGUUUCGCUUCUCUGGGCUUUCCACAACGGCAUCCGAUUCACCAUUCAAGCCGUCAAGACAACGUUAACCCUCAAGGCUAAUGUCCGCAGUUAG